AUGGCUCCAGCGAACUCAGCGAGGAUAGAGGAGGCGAAGGGGUUAACGAAAACAGAUCCGAGGAAAGCAGAGGCUCUGUACAAAGAGAUAAUCUCCAAGCCUCCUUCAGUAACAUCAGACGCCGCUGUACGGGAAUAUGAGACCGCGCUGGUCAGUUUAGGGGAGUUGUAUCGAGAUGAAAAGAAGUCAGAUGAGCUGGUGGAUCUGGUCACCACGAGUCGGACAGUGUUAUCCUCGUUUGCGAAAGCAAAGACAGCAAAGCUUGUCCGACAACUGCUCGAUCUCUUCCAUACGAUCCCCGAUUCCACCGAUACCCAAAUCUCCGUCACGAAGUCGUGCAUCGAAUGGGCCACCUCAGAACGUCGGGGAUUCCUUCGACAAAACCUCGAAACCCGUCUCGUUCAACUCUACAUGACCAAAGCAUCCUACUACGAUGCUCUGACUCUCAUCAACAGUCUGCUGAAAGAAUUGAAGCGUCUGGAUGACAAGCUUGUGCUCGUUGAAGUCCAACUCCUCGAAUCGCGCGUCUAUCAUGCUCUCGGAAACGUAGCUAAAGGUCGCGCUGCUUUGACCAGCGCUCGAACAUCUGCAGCGUCAGUCUAUACACCGCCUCUUCUCCAAGCAGGACUGGAUAUGCAAUCCGGCAAGCUGCAUGCAGAAGACAAGGACUUCAACACCGCCUUCUCUUAUUUCAUCGAAGCUCUGGACGGAUACCACACUCAAGAUGAGCCCGAGAAAGCAACUGCAUCACUCCAAUAUAUGCUCCUCUGCAAAAUCAUGCUCAACCUCGCCGACGACGUCAACCAGCUCAUGACAUCUAAGCAAGCCUUGAAAUACGCCGGAAAGAACCUGGAAGCUAUGAAAGCUGUCGCUCGUGCCCACUCGAAUCGCUCUCUCGAAGAGUACGAGAAAGCCCUUGAUGACUACCGCCACGAACUCGGCAGCGACCCCUUCAUCCGCAACCAUCUCCGCCGUCUCUACGAUGCCAUGCUCGAGCAGAACCUUAUCAAAGUCAUCGAGCCCUUCUCCCGCGUUGAAAUCGAGCAUAUUGCCAAGAUGGUCGGACUCGAUACGCAACAAGUAGAGCGAAAGCUCAGUCAGAUGAUUCUCGACAAGGUGAUUAUUGGGGUUCUGGAUCAGGGUGCAGGAUGUUUGAUUAUCUACGAUGAGACAGAGAGAGAUGAGGGAUACGACUCCGCAUUGGCGACGAUUGAGAAGUUGAGCAGUGUGGUGGAUGUGCUUUAUACCAAUCAAGCUUCUAUGCUUGAAUAG